AUGUCUGAAGUUUCUUCCUCGCCCUCGGACACCGUAGACGUGCAGAGCCAGCUUCCUGCAAGCAACAAGCGCACAUCCACCGAGGCCGGCUUAAAGACGAAUGGCAUGCGACCAGCCAAGAGCGUGAAAAGAAGGGCCUCGAAAGCAUGCCAGUGCUGUCGCGCGCGCAAAGUGCGCUGCAACGUGGUGGAGCAUGGCCCGCCGUGCACCAAUUGCAGACUGGAUGAGGUCGAGUGCAUUGUAUCCGAAAGCAAGCGCAAGAAGAAAUGGACGACCAAUGGCAUCGAGACUUCAACUCACACCAGCAAAAGUGGUCUGAAUGCAUACAACCCACCGAGCUUUCCGAUGAAGGCCCAACCUCCGUAUGAACCAUUGCGCAGGAGCACCAUCAGCUCCGAGCAUGUACCGCAUUCUUUGUACCAGGACCUGGGCAGAAGCAUGUCUAUCUCCAACGAUACAGCAAGACCAUCAAUGUACACGCCCGACAUGCUCAUGAACCUGCAGCGACUGGGACAAAAACCAGCAGUACCGGAUCCGACGCCACUGCUUCCGAAUUUGGGUCUGGCACCACCUGUACAGCCAACGUACAGCUUGCCCAUGUACAUCAAACCACUCCCGUCGAAGCUGGAUCCAGAAGACAUCAUGUAUCUGGAGAAGAAAGGCGCUUUGCAGAUCCCAUCACAACAGCUUAGAGACGAGCUUCUGCGAAAUUAUGUCGAGUUUGUCCACCCUUUUAUGCCCCUGUUGAAUAUCCACGAUCUUGUUUCCACGAUUGAUCGAAACGAUGGGUCGGCACCUGUCAGCUUGCUGUUAUUCCAAGCAAUCAUGUUCUCAGCCAUCGCAACAGUCGAUAUUCGAUAUCUGAAAGCAGCAGGGUAUGCUACACGAAGGGAGGCUCGACGAGCAUUUUUCACCAAGACCAGACUCCUGUACGACUUCGAUAUCGAGAUUGAUCGCAUUAGCCUCAUCCAGUCUCUCCUCCUGAUGACCUACUGGUACGAAACGCCCGAUGAUCAGAAGGACAGCCACCAUUGGAUGGGCAUCGCAGUCUCAUUAUCGCACACCAUUGGCCUGCAUCGGAAUCCUGAUAAAUCGGCAGCGAUGGACUCGAACAGAAAGAAAUUGUGGAAGCGUAUCUGGUGGUCAACCUAUAUGCGUGAUCGCCUCGUUGCUCUUGGCAUGCGUCGACCGACUAGGAUUAAAAAUGCCGAUUUCGACGUGCCAAUGAUGGAGCCUAGCGAUUUUGAAGACGGGGUCCUCCCAGAAGGCCCUUCAUGCAUCCCAGCAGACUGCAAGAUUCUUCGAGAUCGUGAGAUGCAGAAGCAGCUUGCCAUCAUGUGCAUUGAGAAAGCCAAGCUUUGCAUCUGCAUGAGCCAUGUGCUCUCUGUGCAAUAUUCUGUCCUCAACAAUAACCACGGCGUUUUGAGUGAAGAGGGCAGUACCAAGACCACGGUGCAUCUAGUGGCAAGAGCUCGGGAUCCCGAAACUAACGAGGUCCAGACCUGUGACCGCGAACUUCAGCAGUGGCGAGACGAGCUACCGGAAGAAGCCAAAUACGUUGUACCCAACUGGAAUGAUGUCGACUCUGGGAACGAGAGCAUGGUGCUCAACCGGAGUCUGCUUCACAUGAUCUAUUAUGCAACUCUGUCAGCGCUCCAUCGCCCGCAAGUUCUUCCCAACACUGCUUUGCCGCCACGGCCGCAAGUCAGCGAGCAAUUGGACCACUCACGCAAGGCUGUCCGUCUCGCGGCUAGUGAGAUCACCAGUAUUGCAUACAGGCUGUUCAAUCUCGAUAUGGUUCGAUUCCUUCCGACCACAGGAAUCACAACACUUCUACCUGCGAUCAUCAUUCACCUCCUGGACAUCAAGGCUCCAGACGAAGGCACUCGAAGGGGCAGCCUACAAGGCUUCUGUCAAUGCAUGCAAGUUAUGGGCAAAUUGCGAGACAUUUAUGCAGCAGCGGAUUACAGCACUGCCUUCCUGGAAGCGGCAAUUCGUAAGGCCGAGAUCGUGCUGCCGCAGAAAACGGAUGAAGUCAAGGAGCCGAGGAACGUCAUCACGAGCGCUCAAGGGCUUGUCGAUGCUGGGAGGAGAUUGCAUCUGGUCGAGGGAAGCGAGAGACAGAUUGUAAGCGCUGGCAGUGCCACCCUCACACCUCCACCGGACAGUGAGAAUGCAAAGCUCAAAGAAGGGCUGCGGCAUAGCAUGAAUAACGACAGUGUCAUGACAGAUGAUGACAUGGCGCAGAAACUAAGCUCAUAUCUUGCGAGCACACCUCCGGACUCAGAUGGACACAGUCAUGCUGCG